AUGUCGAAGCGCACAAAAAAGGUCGGGAUUGUCGGCAAGUACGGCACCCGCUAUGGUGCUUCGCUGAGGAAGCAGAUCAAGAAGAUUGAGGUUAGCCAACACUCCAAGUACUUCUGCAGCUUCUGCGGCAAGUUCGCCAUGAAGCGCCAGGUGGUUGGCAUCUGGAAGUGCAAGGCCUGCAACAAGACCCAGGCUGGCGGCGCUUAUGUGCUCAACACUGCGGCCUCCGUGACCGUGCGGUCCACCAUCCGCCGUCUGCGUGAGCAGAUUGAGAAGUAG